AUGUUCUCAAAUAGGGGAUUAGCCAUCACGUUUUCUGUAGUUGUUUUAGUUGUUGUGAUAAUUUCCUUCUUGUUCAUAUUGAGAGGAGACAAUAGCCAAACAAAUAAUAUUCGAAAGGAAUCGGUAGUUUCGGUUUUCAUACCACAUUCGCGAGGAAUUAAAUAUAAUUUACAAGAUUAUGGUGAUUAUAUGAAGACAUCACAGAAACAAAUAUUGGAAAUUGCCCAAGAAAUUAGAAAGAAUGAAAUUAAACUUCCGGAAACAGUACUUGUUUCACAGUUAAUUGUUGGAAUUUCGGCAAGAGAUAAAGUUUAUUAUCUUGAUUUGCUGACAAGCAUUCAAAUGAAUUUAUUGAAUCCAUCAGUUUCUGAAUAUCAUUUACUUCAAAUUGACGAAACUUACAAUUCUGAAAUCAUGUCAUUGAUGUUUGCUGAUAAGAAGAUUAAAAUUCAUUACAUUCGUGAACAGUUGAAUAGAGAAAUAUUUGUGAAAUAUUGCAAUGAGCAUUUGAAGGACAAACUCAUUGUCUAUUUGAAUCAACCUGACAUUUAUUUUGAUCAUUCAUUGAUGCAUGCUUCUAAAUUAAAGAAUGGAGAAUUUGUGAAAAUUCACAAGAGGAUUAGUUUGGCAAAACCAUACGAUUGUGAGAAUGGACAAGGAACUAUUCCUGAUGGUGCAAUUUUCAGAACCAGUGCUGAUAAACCAUUAGAAUUGGGAACUGAACCAGAUUGGAAUGGACAAUCAGUUAUUUCAAUGAUUUUCAAUGCAUUCAGUGUUCAUAAUUGUGAAGUGUCAACAGCAAUUACUGGAUGGUUCUUGCACGAUCCAACAAACAUUGAUAAGAAGGCAGAAAAGGAGGCAGAACUCAGAGAAUUGGAACGUAAAAAACAGGAAAAGAUACGACAAGAAAAGUUGGAAAUGGAAAGAAAAAUCAAAGAAGCAGAGGAAAAGAAGAAGAAAAUGGAAGAGGAGAGAAAACUCAAAGAGGAGCAAGCAAAGAAGCAAAAGGAAGAGGAAGAGAAAAAGAAAAAAGAAGAAGAAGAAAAGAAGAAAAAGGAAGAAGAGGAGAAGAAGAAAAAAGAGGAGGAAGAAAAGAAGAAACUUGAGGAAGAGAAGAAACUCAAAGAGGAGCAAUUAAAAAAAGAAGAAGAAGAGAAGAAACAAAAGGAAGAACAAGAACGAAAGCAAAAUGAAGAGAAGAAACUCAAAGAGGAAACUGAAAACAAGAAACUAGAUGAAGAAAAUCAAUCCAAGUCAACCAACAACUCUUCAAUUAGUGCCGCUACCUCAUCCAAUCCUAAAUCUGCCUAA